CUCCCCUCCUGCCAUCUCAUCUACUUUUUCAUUAAAAGAUUAUUUACAGCGGGGAUCCGGUCGGGAGAUGCUCCAGACGAAGAUGACUCUGCCUUUCCUCUACACCUAACGAUUUCUUCUCCCUCUCAACUCUGCUGCGGGUGCUUUUCUUCCAAACUCACUUGACCUGCCUCGCUCUUAUCCAGGACCCACUGAUCUUCUAACCCGCUCAGACGCCAACAGUCCCAUUCUGUUGAGUCGAAACCCGUUCGUUACAUUGAAUCACCAUGAGCGAUCUGGAUGAGGCGAUCGCGCAACUGCGCGCCUGUCGUUUGAUACCCGAAACCCAAGUCCGAGAACUCUGCUACAAAGCGCGCGAGCUGUUAAUCGAAGAAGGAAAUGUGGUUUCGGUGGAUGCUCCAGUCACGAUUUGUGGAGAUAUUCACGGCCAGUUUCAUGACUUGAUGGAACUUUUCCGAGUCGGGGGCGAUGUUCCCGACACUAACUACCUUUUCAUGGGCGACUUUGUUGACCGCGGAUUUUACUCUCUCGAAUCCUUCCUCCUGCUCCUUUGCCUAAAAGUCCGAUACCCAGACCGUAUGACCCUUAUCCGUGGGAACCACGAAUCGCGCCAGAUUACAACCGUGUAUGGCUUCUACGACGAAUGCAUUCGAAAAUAUGGUAGUGCGAAUGUGUGGCGAUACUGUUGCGAAGUGUUUGAUUACCUGGCGCUGGGCGCUCUUGUGCUGGGGGCAAGUUCGGAGCUGGAGCCGUCCGUAUCGAACAUGGAGAGCACACAGGCCAUGAUGCCGAUCGACGACGGAGAGCUAGAAACCGAAGUCCUAAACUCCAAGGGGGAAGUCACCGUGAGCACCUACAGACGACGACAAAGAUCGUCAUCCAACACAUCAACGGAUUCAAGAAACAUUUCCCCGCCAAGAGACAUCUCCGCUGCACCAGGUAAUUCCAGCCAGGCACCAUUGCGAUCCGGAGCCCCAGGCACAGGCGCCUCAGGCUCGGGGUCCGGCAGCUACGGGAACACUAGCAGAACAGGUGCAGUCCUUUGCGUGCACGGCGGUCUUUCCCCCGCCAUUGAAUCCGUCGACAAAAUCCGCCUCAUCGACCGCAAGCAAGAAGUCCCCCACGAGGGACCUAUGUGCGACCUUCUCUGGUCCGACCCAGACGAAAUUGAAGGCUGGGGUCUCAGUCCCCGCGGUGCCGGUUUUCUCUUCGGUGGCGACAUUGUCAAAGGAUUCAACCACACCAACGACCUCUCCCUCGUUGCGCGUGCCCACCAGCUCGUCAUGGAGGGGUACAAGGAGAUGUUCGAUGGCGGAAUCGUUACGGUCUGGUCCGCCCCGAACUACUGCUACCGCUGCGGGAAUGUGGCUGCAAUUAUGGAACUUGGCGAGGAUACGAGUAACGGCGGAAUGGUGGCACGAAAUAAUGGCGAAUAUGGUCGGAGUAAUGGUAUUUUGAUGGGCUCUAGUAGUGUUGAAUCUUCGGUUGUUAGUCCGGGGAGACGGUACAGGGUGUUCGAGGCGGCCGCGCAAGAUACGAGGGGUAUGCCGGCGAAGAAACCUGUUGCUGAUUAUUUCCUGUGAUACCAUUUUACGUUUAUUUAUGGCACUUGUGAUUAUGGUAGCGUAUCUUUUUGUAUUCGACUCAGUACAAUCCAAGUGACUCGUUUGCAUCCAGUUCACGUCUAUGAACGUCAAUAUAUUUAUUCUUUCUC